AAUAGUAAUAUAUAUUAAUUUUAAAAAUAUAUACAUAAUAUAAAAAUGAAAGCCGCCAUCAUUUUUAUUUUAUUCAAUAUUCUUUUAGGUGUUGUUUUAUCUACAUAUGUUCCAAUUUUAGGUUGGAGCUCACAAGAAAAAUUAUUUAAAAAAACACAUAUUUCACAUAAAUAUAACCAAGAUCAAUUUAAAAAUUUAAUUCAAUCAAUUGUCGAUGAAAAUAAUGUCGAAACUUUAACUAUUUUUGUUGAACCAAAACUCCGUACAGAUCAAUUAUCAAAUAUUAUUGAAUCAUAUUCAUCACACAACAAUGGUGGUGAAUUCAAAUCAUUAAUGAAAUCAUUCGAAAAAUCAAAAUCAAGUGUUUAUAUUCCAUAUUCAUUAGGUGGUGUUUCAAAAAUCCUUAGUGAAAUUAAAGGUUCAAUUUUAGUUUAUGGUCAAGCUGAAAUUAAAGGUGCUAAACAAAUUAAUGAAUUAUCAGAAAUUAGAUCAACCUUAUCAAAUGGUAAAGUUGAUAUUGUUGUUGUUGUUCUUGACAAAAAUCAAGAUGAAACUAUUAGAAAAGUUGAAUCAAUCGUCGAAAAAUCAUCUUUCGCCUCAUUCUUCACUGCUGAAUCUGCCCAAGAAUUCAACAUUCAAGAAAACUACGUUAAACAAAUGUCAGAAUCAAAAGUUGUAACCAAAGAAACCAUCAAUAACAACCCAGAUCUCGAAGCCUCCAGCGAAGUUCCAACCCAUCAUAAAUACUUUAACUUUUUCACUGGUCCAGUUCUUGAAUCUUACUUAAUUGUAGGUAUCUUAUUAGCCAUUUUAUUCACUGGUCUCUGCUGUAUUACUGAUUUACAAGUCCCAGAUCGUUGUGAAGUUGCACCAAAACAAAAACUUCUUUAAAUUUCAAAAAUAUAUUUAAAAUUGCUUGUUUUUUAAAAAAAAAUAUAUAAUAAAC